AUGGCGAUGACUCCGGGUGUCAUUGACAACUUCGAUAGUAUUGCACGUCAACUCGACAAUCCAGGCAGUCCGUCACCAGAGCACUUAGAUUUAAAUGCCCUGCGCUUGUUGCAUCAUUACUCAACCAGUAGCUACGCCACCCUCGACCGUAUCACAUCUCAGCACCACAUUUGGCAGCACUUCAUGGUACAGCUGGGCUUUGAGCAUAAGUAUGUCUUGCGCGGCAUUCUUGCCAUAGCUGCUCUCCAUAUUGCAGCCGUCGAUCGGACUUCGAUUGCUGGCAUGCUAAUUCAAGCUUCCACCCAAUACAACCGCGGCCUCCGAGACUUCCGCACCGAACUUCGAGCCAUGAGCACUAAGAAUAGUAUCCCGAUCGUGGCUUUCUCUUGCUUCACUGUUAUUAAUGCAUUUGCGGCUGGUCAGGUAACCGUGCUUCAAAAGCCGAUCAGUGACCUUCUCAACUGCCUGGGUCUUAUACGGGGCGUGGGCUCUGUGAUGCGACCGUACUGGUACAGUCUACUUCAGAGCGAGCUUCGACCUAUUCUUGAUAACGGAUGGAUGUGUGGUGUGUCUGGCGAGGUUCCAGAACUUCUCCGUCUGAAAUCACUUAUCCAAUCUGUUAUCACUUUUACCAAUCCUCACAUGGCCACGAAAUACAAUGCUGCCGUGGAGAAAUUGCAUGAGGUCAUACUAGAGAUUCAGAGCGCAGUUGAGCACCGUUCAACUCUUGCUCUGCUGUUCAUCUGGCCCACGGAACUUUCAGAAGAGUUCAUGUCGUGUCUUGUUGAGCAAGAGCCGGUUUCUCUCAUUAUCCUUGCACAUUUCGCUGCGAUAUUGUCAUACGCACGUGACAUUUGGUGGGUAAAGGGGUGGGACGAAUAUAUUAUUUCUAAUGUGGACGAGUGCCUUCCUCCCGAUUUACGUACAUGGCUCGACUGGCCGAAGCAGAUCUCUCAGGCUGCCAAUCAAGAUGGUUCUCCUUUAGGUGCCUGA